AUGUCAGACACCUGCAUCGUCUGUUUAGGAGACUUGAGCACCGGCAAUGGUGGCGUUUCAGCCCUGCCCACUAUCCUUGCCAAGUCUCCCCAGCAUGACCCCAGCGUCGUCGACCCCAAUUCCGCAGAUCCUCAAGAUAUUGCCCUAGCACCCACCACCGAGUCGAAUCAGGAUGAACUGAUCGCUCACCUUCGGCCUUGUGGUCAUUAUCUUCACAAUGAGUGCCUCACUCCGUGGGUGGAAAGGGCCAAUAGCUGUCCAAUAUGUCGGGCCAGCUUCCAUCUAGUGGAACUAAUGCAAUCCAUCAACGGCGAUGUCAUUUCUUCCUACCCUGUCGAAGAGCGCACCCAAGUCGCCGAGUUGGACCCGUCCAUGUUCCUCGAGAUCCCUGACGAGGAGGAUGAUGAACAACAGUGCCAGGCCUGUGGCGAGGACGAUAAUGAAGAUGUACUUAUGUACUGCGACGGAUGUCAAAAGUUGUGGCACACAUAUUGUGUCGACUUACAGGAGGUGCCGUACGGAGCCUGGUUCUGUGACAACUGCAGAGCCGCCCGAGAGGUCAACCCUCGAUCACGCUCCACCAGAUCGAGUCGGCUGUCGCGCAGACGCACUCGUGGUCAACAACGCAGGCAACGUGGAACCCAGACUGCUAACGACCUGAGUUGGAAUCAAGUCUGGCAGACAGUCUGGAGUCGUAUCAACCUUGACCUGGAUUUCCCUUACGAGGACGACGAGUCAUCAGCCACCUACUUUCGACGUCACCGACAGCAUAGCCAAUCCAGUCGACAGACACACGAAGCAUGGCGGAGACGUAUGCAAGUUGCCGAGCUGAAUGGGGCAGGACAUCGUUUCAGAGAAACGGAGCCCAACCUACCAAGCAGCCCAGGUGGUGAUUCGACACCCCAGAACCGGACAUUAAGAUCAUCACCGCUGCCCCCGACCGAGGACGCUGACGAAUUACUGGCGUGGAAUGCUUUCGAGCAAGCACGAGCCUCAUCGAAUGAACCUAACUCUUCGCGCAAGAAAAGAAAGUCUCGAACUGCCUCCCCUACCGAGACUGACGAUCAGUCUGCUCCUGUCAUUAAGAGAAGGAGGGUAAGCCGGUCUAGCCAAAACAAUGCCGAACCGACUGUGUCUUCAGCGAUGGCCUCGCGCCCUCAGGCUCGGCCGUCCUCGAGGCUCGCCAGUCCUACAUCUCGACGACAGCCGAUAAUUGAAUCCGGCGCGCCGAGCUUUCUUCAAUCUCUUCUUCAGGAAGUCGAAGAUUCUAGUUCGAGCACUCACAAUCUCAGUCACCACCGGCCGUCUCCUCGCCCCGCUGGCAGCCCACCGGCCGAGCAAAAUUCACCUCGCCCAUCUUCCCCUGCUCUAUCCCCACUUCCGUCUAAUCACUCUUCACCACGCGCAACCUCUGCCACCCCACCUCCGCUUGCAGCCUUGCGCCCAGGCUCUCCAACGGGCCUCUCUUCAAGUAUUCAGCCUGUUUUCCCCUCGACAGAAUAUUCCCCUCUACGCCCUAACUCCCCUGACUCGAGUAGUCCGAAAGUAUUGGAUGCAACGUCCCCUCGAUCAAAUCCGCCCAAGUCUGUGCAGCCUUCGGUAACGCCGUUGGCACAGCCUCGACCCCGAAGUCGGAUUCCGCAAAUUUUAAAUACAUCAACAUCACCUAUUCAACCAAUCCCCAGGGACAAUUCUCCUACUCGAGCAAACAUGUCAUUAUCUGCAAAGGAAGAUGUACAGAGGCUUGUUGCCGCCGCUCUCAAGCCACAUUACAACGACCAGAAAAUCACCAAGGAUGAAUACACAAACAUCAACCGUGAUAUAUCACGAAUGCUGUAUGACAAAAUCGGCGAUCUCGGAGCUCUUGAUCUCGAAGGCAGGGCUAAAUGGGAAAAGGUUGCUGGUGAAGAAGUCAGCAAAGCAGUCAGUGCACUCAAAGCAUAG